AUGGAAGUUUACAAGCUUACCAUAAAGGCUGGUAAGACUCUAAGUGAAAGAAAGUGGAAAGCUGCAUUUUCUCCAGAAGGAUAUUUAGAUAUAGGAAAGACUCUAAGCCGAAUUCAUCGUGGGGGAAUCCAUCCAUCAAUUAGAGGAGAAGUUUGGGAAUUUCUACUUGGUUGCUAUGAUCCCAGGAGCACCAUUGAGGAAAGAGAUGAGAUAAGGGAGCGCAGAAGGGAACAAUAUGCUAAAUGGAAGGAAGUGUGCCAAAACCUGUUUCCUCUGGUAGGAAGUGGGAGAUUUAUUACAGCACCUGUAAUUACUGAAGAUGGUCAACCAAUUCAUGAUCCUUUGGUUCUUUUGGAAACACAUCCUGACAAUGGAGUAAUUGUCCCAACUCCUGAGACUGCGAAUGCCAAACCUUCAUGCACUGGUGAAAGGGUCACUGACAAGAGAAUCAUUCAAUGGAUGCUAACCCUCCAUCAAAUAGGUCUUGACGUGCUUCGAACUGAUAGAACACUAGUUUUUUAUGAGAAGAAAGAGAACUUGGCCAAAUUGUGGGAUAUUCUUGCUGUCUAUGCUUGGAUAGAUACUGAUGUUGGCUAUUGUCAAGGAAUGAGUGAUCUGUGCUCCCCUAUGAUAAUGCUUCUAAGUGACGAAGCUGAUGCAUUUUGGUGCUUUGAGCGUCUAAUGCGUAGACUGGUAAACUCUAUUAUUAAAUUUGUUUUAGACAAUGUUUAA